AUGGGCAAGAAGAAGCGCGGUCACCCGGACGUCGAGGAACUCCUCUCGCGACCAUGGUGUUAUUACUGCGAGCGAGACUUUGAGGAUCUGAAGCUUCUCAUCUCCCAUCAGAAGGCGAAACACUUCAAGUGCGACCGAUGCGGAAAGCGAUUAAACACAGCUGGAGGUCUCUCCGUGCACAUGAACCAAGUCCACAAGGAAAACCUCACAAGUGUUGAGAAUGCGCUCCCGAAUCGACAAGGCCUCGAGAUUGAGAUCUUCGGCAUGGAGGGAGUUCCCGACGACAUCAUACAACAGCACAACCAGCGUAUCAUCCAGAACUUCUACACCGCCCAGGCCGAGAGGCAAGCCGCGACAGGCAACCCGCCACGAGGACUGUCAGGCGGCCAGGGUCCGGCCAAGAAACUCAAGUACGAGACGCCCGAGGAGCUCAAGAAGCGGUUAGCCGAGCAUCGCGCGAACGCCGCCGCCCGGAAAGCUGCAGGAACCACCGGCGCCCCCGCCGCUGCUCCGCCAGCCGAUGGACAAAGCCCAGCACAAGCCACACCUCCUUUCUCCGCUCCACAAUCGGGUUACCCCUACCCUGCCCCGGGUGCCGCACCGCCCUAUCCCGCGGCACCGAGCUACCCACCGACGGCCGGCGCCUUCCCGCCUGGCGCGACCCCACUACCCGCCAGACCUCCCAGCGGGUCUGGCGCGCCGGGGGCACCACCCUAUUUCUACAACGGCGGCGCUGCUCCGUCGACAGUGGAUGAGCUGGUGGCGAAUGCGGCACGGCAGGGCGGCCCCGGCGGUGACGAUAUCGACCACAUGAUAAGAAUGGCCGAGGCGGGCAUCAGGCCGGGCGCCGGGAAGGCCGGGGCGGCAGAGGAGGCCGGCGCGGGUGGUGGUGCGGGGGAGAAGAGGAAGAAGGGGACGAGGAUGGUCUACGGCGAUACCGAGGUCAGCCCGGAGGAGAAGAUGGCCAUGCUGCCGCGGUAUCGGUGGAUAGAGGAGACUGCUGCUUGA